GUUGUUUUUUUUUAAGUUAUUAAAGUUGCUUAAAUGUCAUUAUAUUUAAUACGGAGGUAAAAACAAGAUUAAAAAUGAAAUAAACAAAUAAAAUAAACUAUUCUGCUUGAGCAUUUGCAGGGCUUUAAAAAUCUUUCUCUGCCCCAGUUGUAUUUAUGAAGGGCCUUAAAAACACAACAAAACAAAAAACUGAACUCACCAAAAUUGUCAGAAAGUCAUGAGAAAUUCUUGGGUGUAAACCGUGAUUGCAUCUCCUUUUUGCGUCUACAUUCAGCUCCUCCCAUGCUAACGCACAAAUUUUUGGUUGUCUUUUCAGCAGACAUUCACUUCAGAUGUUUUUCUUUCUGUGCUUGAGAGUUCUGUUUUUCUCAGUAUUCACAAACGGGAAGUGAGUUUUGCUGAGGCAGACUAGUUUUCUAGAGUGGUGGUUAGAUGUAUAGCAGACUCGAGGGAAUCAUGAACGCUACGGCUAAUCUUCAGGCAGAUGAGGAGACCGAGCUGGGCUUGGUGGGGGCCUCUGUGAUCCUGGGUGUGUGUUUCCUGGUGGGCACACCUGGAAACCUGCUGGUGGUGUGGAUCAUCUUGAAGCACGUGAAACAGCGCUCACAUACGGUGCUUCUCAUCCUCCACCUGGCGGCCGCAGACCUUCUGGUACUGAUCACUCUGCCGCUGUGGAUCUACUCGCUGGCCCGUUCCUGGGUGUUUGGAGAGGCUGCCUGCAAAGCCAUGGUGUACAUCAUCAACGCCUGCAUGUACUGCAGUGUCUUCAUCAUCACCAUCAUGAGUGUGGAGCGAUUCGUGGCUGUCAGAUACCCCUUCGCCUCAGCCGGCUGGAGGAGGAGACACAUACUGAACAAGGUACUUCUAGUGAUAUGGAUUGCUUCGUUUCUCCUCAGUAUUCCCGUCAUUGUUACUCACACUUUGGGAGACGUUAACGGACAAAACCAGUGUCUGUUCAGGGACUAUGAGAGUGAAACCCAGGAGGCUGUGUUGCUCAUUUUAGAAUCUCUUAUAGGCUUUGUCAUCCCUUUUGUCACUCUAUUAGUCUGUUACGGCUGCCUCUUCAGUCGCAUAGCGCAGAUGAACUUCAAGUCCAAGCGUAAGUCGACGGUUCUCAUCUGCAGUGUGGUGGUGAUGUUCGCUCUCUGCUGGAUUCCUCAUCAUGUAGGGAACUUUCUUUCCCUCGUCUCGCUCGCUCUCAAGCACUCAAACCCUGACAUGGCGGAAAGUUUGGAGGACGCCUGCACCACAAUGACCUUUAUAGCAGGAGCCCUGGUGUUCAUCAGUAGCUCAGUCAAUCCAGUGCUGUAUGUGUUUGCUGCACGUACCUUCCGAAGCUCGCUCCGGGAAACUGGAAUACAGAAGCUCUUCCAGCAUCUGUCUAGUGCAGUGUCAGGUGAAGGAAAUAAAGAGUUAUUAUUUGUGUCCAAAAGACAGAGUACGCACACCACCAACUCACAGUGUCUCACAGACUCAAAAGUGCCUGCAGAUGUGGCUAUGGAAUCAUGCAUUAUUACCUCAGAUUGACUUUGUAAAACGUUUUAUACUCAGGUACUCAAUAAAAAUAAUAACCAUUAUAACCGCUUCAAGUUUUUAAUGCAAUUUUGCGUUUUGAAAUGGUAUUCAAAUGUAAACAUUUUUAUGUUAAAUAUUUGCUUGUCCCGUGUUCUUUGUGUUCUGAGUAUAUUUUAAUACUCACUGAGAUUUUGUUACUUAAAUUUCAACUGCAUAUUCUGCUAUGAUGUAUUUUUUAUAUUUGUCAUAUAACUUGAAUGCCUUUAUAGCAAGUAUUUUUGUCUGUUUGGUUACAAAUUUCCAUGGUUACUCAUGUUAGCAGAUUGUGUUUAGUAUUACAUCUGUGCAUUAUGAUUUCAACAUUUUCCUGUUCCUUGCAACGUGAAUGUUUUGACUCUUGUAAUGGUGUGAAAGAGGAAGCGGGCAUUACACGGAACAGAAAUCUGUCUGGAAGAAGAGUCAACUAAAAUGUCAUUCUUUUCUAAAAUGCUCUUUUCAUAUGAAAAUUGUUAUUUUUUUAUUUUUAUCUGGCUACUGUCUAAGGCAGAAGUCAAACUCACUAGGCUGUUUCUUCUUCUGUGAAAUCUUUUUUUUUUUUUUUCCUCUUUUCAGUGAUAUACCUUCAUUAAAAAAAG